AUGCCUUUUCCUUCCUUGUAUUACGACUUAGCCUUCUGUCUUCUUUGCUUUCUUUCCUUUAUAUCGAAUCUAAAUUAUUUUAUCUCCUUUUUUUCCUCUCCUUUCUCGUCUUUUGCGUCAUUGUCUCAGCAACUUAUUGGCCUUCCUUAUAUUUUAGAUUCUUUUUUCUAUAUUUUUCUUCCUUCUAAUUUUCUCCCUGAUAAACUUUAUUCUCCACUCCUAUCUCGCCCUCUGUCGUUAUUUCUACACGCCAAGGCUUGUCUUCUUCCUUUUUCUCUUUCUUCUUCUGCCCGGUUUUUCUCUCUUUAUCUUCUUCAACAACCGGCCAGCUAUUCUCUCUUAUUCCUUCUUUAUUCCAUCCCAUAUGCUCUCAUUUGUUCGCCCUCACCUUCUUUUAUUAUCCGUCAAUCUCACUUUUCUGUUCCCGGUCUGUCCUCCGUUUUUGUAUUAUUCCCCGCCAUAUUUCUCAUCUAA